AUGGCCUCCGUCUCUGAGCUCGCCUGCAUCUACUCAGCACUCAUCCUUCACGACGAGGAGGUGAAGGCCUUGGCCAAUGUCAACAUUGGGAGCCUCAUCUGCAAUGUAGGGGCUGGUGGACCUGCUCCAGCAGCUGGAGCUGCACCAGCAGGUGGUCCUGCCCCCUCUACCUCUGCUGCCCCAGCUGAGGAGAAGAAAGUAGAAGCAAAGAAAGAAGAAUCUGAGGAGUCUGAUGAUGACAUGGGCUUUGGUCUUUUUGACUAAGCCUCUUGUUAACAUGUCCAAUA